AUGGAGCUCGUGGAGGGGAAGAAGGUCUCCUGCAAGAAACUCCUCACCUUCCUGCUCUUCAGCCUCAUAUUCAGCUUCUGCCUCCUUGUUUCUCUUCGUCAGUUCAGGACCUCUGAGCCAGAGCAUCACGAUUCCAGUCCCUCUGCACAAACAGCCCGUGCUGGAAAUGCCAGCACCCUGCCAAGGGGUCAGCCCCGGCUGACCAUCCUGCUGUGGAAGUGGCCCUUUGGGCACCACUUUAACUUCAUCAACUGCUCGGAGCUCUACGGCACCCCGGACUGCCACUUCACCAUCAACCGCAGCUGGUCCCAAAAGGCUGACGCCGUCAUUAUGCACCACAGGGAUGUGUGCAGGGACACGGAGGGGCUGGCCCAGCUCCAGCGCUGGAUCUGGUUCAACCUGGAGUCCCCAAGUCACUCUCCAAACUUAGGCGCCAUGGACAACCUCUUCAACUUGACCAUGUCUUACCGGAGAGACUCGGACAUCUUCACCCCUUACGGGGAGCUGCAGCUCCUUGGCCGGCCCCAGCCCCUCAGCAUCCCACCCAAGAGCAAGCUGGUGGCCUGGGUAGUCAGCAACUGGAGAGCAGGCUCCCACCGAGUCAAGUACUACCAGGAGCUGAGGAAACACAUCGCUGUGGAUGUCUAUGGGCAGCAUCACUUGCCCCUGCCCUGGGACAAGCUCCUUCCCACUGUGUCCCAGUACAACUUCUACCUGGCUUUCGAGAACUCACGGCAUGAAGACUACAUCACCGAGAAGCUCUGGAGAAAUGCCUUGUCCUCUGGCACCGUCCCUGUUGUGCUGGGACCUCCUCGAGAAAACUACGAGCGCUUCUUGCCCCCCGACUCCUUCAUCCACGUCGAUGACUUCGCCAGCGCUGGGGACCUGGCGCGGUACCUGUGGGAGCUGAGCGAGGAUGCGGAGAGCUACCAGCGCUACUUCCAGUGGCGCAAGUGGUUGAAACCCGUGGCGGGGGCCAGCUGGGCCCUGCAUGUCUGCAGAGCUUGUCACUUCUUGCAGACGACGGAGGCCAGGUACCGCGUUGUGCCCCAUCUGUCCGAGUGGUUCGUGUAA